GGGGUGAAGUACAGCUGACAUCUUCAGACUUACAGACCUGAGUGUUGCAGAAGGACGCAGCAUGUCAAGUGGGCAGGUAACAGUUAACUUCUGCAUAAGUGGGGAAAAUAUGUUGAACUAAACAGAGCUGGGGAAAGCAAGCUGGAUUUCCACUCAUUCAAACUGUAUUAACGGGAUUAUCUGUUGGCAUCAGAAAGAGAAAUUAAAAAUAUGUCGGAGCUGUGCGUAAAAAUCCACAAGAUUCCUCUGAGGGGUUGAUCGUCGGUUGUGCCAAAGUGCGACUUGAGGAGCAGCUUAUUCAUGCAAAUUCAUAAAAUCAUAGGCGUGCCUUUGGGCGAUGGAGUCACGGCCGGAAAAGCAAACCCCCCUCCUGGAUCAUCAGCGACCUUCAAAGACUGUGAUGCGCAGCGCUCGGACGCAUUGACGGCGGCACCGGGGCAAAUGUUUUAAAAGGACAGAGAAAGAGAAGAGAAAGUUAGGACUCGUUUUCUACACACUUCUGUUGACUGGCUGCACUUCUUCCUCUACACAACCACCAGCUCGACUGCUGCGCCACUGGAUCUCCAACAACAGGCUUAUUGCGCAAACUAUAACGCACUGUCGCAACUAGAACUAUCUGCCUUGGCGUCUUAAAUAUGAUUUAAUUUUACUUUUUAUAUGUUUACAGUCAUUCGGACGACUUCAAAUACUGAGAAUCCUGAUGCGGAUGAAGUCAUAGUCACCCUAAUAUAAAGUAUUUGUGCGUAAAAACGCGACCACUGAUUUGUUCCUAUUUUGAAAAAAAUAUUCAUUUUUUUAAUUUUAUUUCACUCGCUGAGGACUUUUUCACCCUUCACCAUGUCAGAGGACGACAGUAGCUCCACCGCCAGCUGUAUGUCCGACACAGAACGCAGCAACGUUAGCGUCCUCAACUGGGAGCAAGUGCAGCGGCUGGACGCCAUCCUGACGGAGACCAUCCCGAUCCACGGCCGGGGAAACUUCCCCACUCUGGAGAUGCAGCCGCGGCAGAUCGUUAAAGUGGUGCGCAGUCGGAUGGAGGAGAAACAGAUCCACGUCCGGGACGUUCGGUUAAACGGCUCUGCAGCCAGCCACAUUCUGCACGAGGACAGCGGACUGGGCUUUAAGGACCUUGAUCUCAUAUUUUGCGCAAAUAUGAAAGGUGAAAGUGAUUUCCAGACUGUGAAGGACAUAGUUUUGGACUGUCUUCUGGAUUUUUUACCCGACUGUGUGAAUAAAGAGAAAAUAACCCCGUUGACGUUAAAGGAAGCCUACGUGCAGAAGAUGGUGAAGGUGUGUAAUGACUCAGACCGCUGGAGCCUCAUCUCCCUCUCCAACAACCGGGGAAAGAAUGUGGAGCUGAAGUUUGUGGACUCUCUUCGGCGACAGUUUGAGUUCAGUGUGGACUCCUUUCAGAUCAAACUGGACUCCCUGCUGCUGUUCUACGAGUGCUCAGAGAACCCCAUGGCCGAGACCUUCCACCCCACCAUCAUGGGCGAGAGUGUGUAUGGGGACUUCAGCGAGGCCCUGGACCACCUGCGCCACAAGAUCAUCUGCACCCGGAACCCGGAGGAGAUCCGAGGCGGGGGUCUGCUGAAGUACUGUCACCUGCUGGUGAGGGGUUUCCGGGCCGCUUCCGAGUCAGAGAUGAAGUCCCUGCAGCGCUACAUGUGCUCACGCUUCUUUAUUGACUUCCCUGACAUAGGUGAGCAGCAGCGCAAGCUGGAGUCCUACCUUCAAAACCACUUUGUGGGCCUGGAGGACCGCAAGUACGACUACCUGAUGACCCUCCACGGAGUGGUCAACGAGAGCACGGUGUGCCUGAUGGGACACGAGAGGCGGCAGACCUUAGGGCUCAUAGCCAUGCUGGCAGUGCGUGUUCUGGCUGAGCAGAACGUCAUCCCCAACGUGGCUAAUGUUACAUGUUACUACCAACCUGCUCCUUAUGUGGCAGAUGGCAACUUCAGUAACUACUACAUAGCACAGGUACAGCCGGUGUUUGCUUGCCAGCAGCCUGCAUACUCCACCUGGCUGCCCUGUAACUGAGUCAGCCCAAAGGAAAGGAGGAGGAGGAGAGUUGGAUUUGUUUAAACAGGAGUGAGAGGCAUAGUCACUGCCUCUAACCUGCCCAGUGUUUGACAGCUGAUGGAAAAAGGAGUCUUCUUUUUAGAGCUUGUGUUUUGUUCAUGCAUCGAGUAUGAGCAGUUGGCUUUCACUUCAAGUAUGUAUUUUAAUGUGAAUAUCUCACAUUUCGUGAAAUAACAACAUCAUCUGACCCUGCCCAGGCCAACCAGGUUUGGAAAAUGACAAAUUUUGGGUAGCUUGGAAAUAAAGGCUAAAUGCAAAUGUGUCACGGCCUUGAACGCAAGCAAGCAGAACUGUCAUCGAAAAUGCACGAGACUGAUUCAAUCAGUCUAGAACUGAUUAGCCAGCACGUUCCAACAGCAGACCAAACAGCUGCAUCAGUUGAAGUUGACAGCUACGCCACACACACACACACACACACACACACACACACACACACACACACACACACACACACACACACACACACACACACACAUUCACACACUCUAGGUGAAAUCAGAGGUGUGUGCAGGGCUCCAAAAUGAGCACCCUAGACUCUGCUUUUAUGUCAGCUGAACUGAGGUGAGAUGCUGUUAAACUAGUUUGGAUAACAAACUGGCAUCUCCGCCUUGCAUUUGGAUGUAAUUAUGGUUGUUUACAGACCAAAGAUUUUUUUGAUUGUUUCUAACAUUAAAACCCAAUUUUGAUGGGGAAAAAUAAACAAAAUAUGAAGCUAUGUCUAUUUGUAUAUGUGAACAUAUGUGUGUUUUUAAGUGCCUAUUGCCUCUCAGCGGGCAGAGAAAAGAAUGAGCAGGCCAUAUGAUUUUUGUGAAUUAGCCCCCACUCUGUUUAUACACAAGACAACAGCACCCCGGAGGCUUGUGAAUGUAUACGUGAAAUCAAUGCACAGUCAGUGUUUGUGGAUGAAAAAGAGCACCACGCGUCUGCAGAUUUUGCAGUAAAGUAGCAGUAAAAUACGCAAUUGAUGGGUUGUUGCAAGAUUCACAUUUUUUCCACGUGAAUUUAGAAACACAAAAUUUGAUCUUCUUGGGGAAAUAAACCAAACAUGCUGUAUUACGUUGUCCCAAAUUAAUAUUGCUAUUGAAUAUUUGCUAUGAGAAAGGAUGACAAGCAUUUUCAGAUCAUCAGCAACAAAGAAAACUGUCACUCACACACAAUUUCUUAUAUAUUCUGUACAGUGGUGCUUCUUUUUUCUCAUCAGAGGAAAAAAAUAAUUAAAAAAAUGAGUUCGCAAGAAGUAGAUAAGAGACAGAGAGAGGAAAGGGUGCAUUCAGAGAGAGAGAGGGCCCGACAGAGAGCUGGUGUGUGCUUCCUCCUGCAGUGGAAGGAUAUUUGCAGAGACACCUCAGAUGAUGAGACACUAUUUGCUGUAGCACCUUGGCAGGGAAUUCCUCAGCUGCUGCUGAAGAGCUUGAACUUAGCUGGGGUUGGGUCUGCAGACGCUCUGUUCGGGCUUCAGAAAAUGUUGUGCCAAACGUUUCGGUGGCCCCGCUGAUAGCCCUUAAGUUUAAUGAGGCCAUUUGUUGACGUAGGAAAAAGAUGCUGUGCGGAUAUAGAAGACUGGGAAGUAGACGGUAGAGGGAGGAAAAAAAGGGGAGAGAAAGGAAAAUGUAGUGGUUUAAAAGGCAGGAGGGAGAGUGAGUCGCUCUGGAGAGAUGGGUGCAGCUGGUGAUGGGGUUUAUCUCUCCAGGGCUACCAUGCUUUACUGUACAAACUGUCUCUGUUAAGGUCAGAUUGCAACUUAAUGGACAGUGCUGUGGCUCUCCCGCUUUUUUCAGGGAGACCAAAAACAUUCUAUAAUCAGCAUUUUUUGCUCUCUGUUUUAAUCAUCUGAUUGUUGUUCACAAGAGUGGAAACUGAAGAAAAACUGCAUGCGUUCACACCGGCCUCAGGAGACUUUAAGUUGCAACUUACGUUUCAUUUGUGAGGUUGCUUUAUUGACGCUUAUUAAUGGUUUUGAUGCUUCAUUCCACACGAUUUUAAAAUAUCUGUGUAUAUAUAUGAUAACAUGCUUCAGCUUUGCCAACUCACUUACUCCUUGCUAACUACACUGCAGCCUUUCCGGAUGGCAAAUAGAAAAAGGAAAUGGUUUUUAAGCAUAAAAAGGUAGUUAGGCCCAUAAGACCAGCAUCAACUCAACACUGAGUUGAAAAGAGAAAUUCUUUUGCUGAAAAAAAAAAAAAGCAUUUCUUUUUCAUCCUCUGUCUCGCCUGACUCUGAUAAUCCAUAACUGCUCUGUUCAGUUGUUUUUUCUUCUCAGUGACUGUCCAUGUCGAUGGUAUCCUUUGGAUUGUGCAGGCAAUGUAUUGUCCUUUUAUACUCAGUGAAGUCCUAACAGCUGACUAGCUAGCUAGCUCCAGUCUGCCUGUCAGUUAGUGAUUGUGGGUUACUGCAUUGUCUUGUAUGCGUUGUCUCAAAUAUCUGUUUCUGUUCAUGCAGUCUUUUACAAAUCACACAAAGAAAAAGAUCCUUGUCUUGUAUGUAUAUUUUUUAUGAUUGUUAUUUUUAUAAAUGUAUCAGACACUGCGGGUGUUGCAGUGCUUUUGAAUCUGUGAUUGGGCUUCAAAGGAUAUGUUCUCAAUAGCUUUUUUGCUAUAUUAUGUUAUGUGUCCAAUGGGUCAAAAAGUUAAAGAUGUUUUCAUCAAUAAAAUAUCUGAAAAACAGA